CACAAGUCAUUAGUGCUGCCUGACACACAAACACGCACACACUAUAUUACACACUAAUAUAUUACACACUAAUAUUUGUUAUAUUAUAAAUAACACCCUUUUCUGGAAAUAUAGGCCUAAUAAAGAGUAACUACGUACAUUUACUCAAGUACUUAGUAGACUAGAACAAUUUUUCACUUUACUUGAGUAUUCCCGUUUUAUUCUAUGUAUUCUAUUACUCUACUACAUCACAUUACUAUGUCAAUUACAUUAAGAUUUUACAUAUAAAUACAUGAUGCUACAUCAAUUAUUUAUAUAGGCUACAAAACUAAAUAUUCUCUAUUGCUAUAGAUUCAACUGUCCAGCAGUAAGAAUGAAAGAGAAUCAGCCCCACUUCAGCUACAACAUUCAAUGGCUGUUUACAUUGUCCACUGUAUAUCAAUACAACUAACAAUAUAACUCUUAAAAGGGGCCAUUCUGCAUAAUGAGUACUUUUACUUUUAAUAUGUUAAGUGCAUUUUGCCACUAAUACUAAUACUUACACUAGACUACUUUUACUCAUGUAUUUUUUUUUAAAUGUAACCCUAUACGUUUACUUGUAACUGAGUAUCUUUGCUCUGUUGUAGCCUAUUGAUCUGAUAACUAUAAGGUACACCACAUUCCUACAAUGUUCACAAUAAUCAAACAGUCAUCUUCACGUUACAAUGUUUUAUUAUUAAAGCACAUUUAUAAACCAACCAGAGUGCAUCACAAAGAAACCAUCAAACAGACAAUGACAUAUAUAUUAGUUGUUGGACCUCCAGGCAAUCUCUCCUCAGCUGAUAUGUGUUGUCGCCCACAUGUCCCAGCAGGAUCUGUCCAUUGAAAGGAUAGACCUACAUUGAUUAUGCAUGAACUGUCAAUACUUUAACAAACGCUCCACUUGUCUGCUCUGUUUAGGGCAUAUGCAGCUUGGCCCUUUUCAACUAACAUUUUUUUUUAAUGAAUGUCAUCACUGCAGUGAAGGCAGGUUGUGUGUGUGUGUUUAGGGGGGCCAGCUUGUGCGUGAUGGUGAUGAUGAUGAUGAUGCGCGUGACGCCACGAGCAGAGGCAGACCAGCGGAGCAGACAGGACCCGGGCUGAGGCAGCAGCAUCAGCAGCAUCCGCACCAGCAGCAGCGCCGCCACAAAGGGAGCUCAGUGCUGGUUGACGCUCGACUCUCCGCUCCUCUUCUCCAGGGUUUCAGAUGCUCCGGCUCGGCGAAAAGAUGUGCGGCUUCUCGGCCCUACUCUCGGUGCUUCUUGCCGGGCUCGCUGCGGCGUCUUCGGAUCUGUUUGACAACCAACUGGGCGACAUCAAUUACUGCAAAAAGCAAUGCCAGCUCACCAUCAAAAACAAAAGCCCUGCUAAAGACUCCAUAAUGAACGCCUGUCACCGCGGCUGUCGUCUCUACUCCAUCUGCCAGUUUGUCAAUGGCAACGCUGGCUUCAACACCAGCAGGGAGGAGUGUCAGGGAGCCUGCCAGGAGGCAUAUAUUAAGCUCCUGGAGCAGGAGGCCUGCUGCACCGGCUGUGCCAGCCAACCCUCUGAACCUGAGAUCAAGAGGAGGAAGCUCAGGGCCAUGACUCUCCGCCCUAAGCCCCCCUCUGUGAUGGAGGCCGUGUCCAGUUGGUGCAACGACAUCGUCAGCUCUGCCCAGAGCUUCAUCUCCUCCACUUGGACUUUCUACCUGCAGGCUGAUGAUGGAAAAGUUGUGGUUUUUCAGAGCCAGCCAGAGAUGGAGUACUCUCUGCCCGAGCUGCAGGCUCCUCGAUCCAACGUGGCGGACAAACCCUGGCCUCAGGUCCACUCUCACACCCAGAGACCCCAUGGUGUGAGGGGACAUGGCGAGAGGGGAGCAUCCAAAGCUGGAGGCAAAGGGAAGCACCCUGUCCAGCACACAGACGACCCCACAGCUGAGCACGACUUCCUUGGCUGCAUGUCACGACGUUCAGGCCUUCCGCGGUGGAUUUUAGCGGCCUGUCUCUUCCUGUCCAUCAUGGUCAUGUUGUGGCUCAGCUGUGCCAGCCUCGUCACCGCACCAGAGCAGCACAUCAAGACGCAGCUGAGCAUCAAUGGAGAUAAAGAGUUUCUGGAUAAUGCCCACAAAGUAAACCCGUAUCACCUGAGUCCUGUGAUCGCUGUCGCCAUAAAACAAUCGGAGGAGAGCCAGGAGGCGGGGCCGCUGCCGGUGAAAGUUGACCUGAACAAAACUUGCGUUUAGAAAAGGACCAAUGGGAGAGCUGCUGUCUUGUUUUCCAGGGUAACCGUGUCUAAAAUACGUGGCCCAUCAGUGCAAGGGGUGAAACAAACACAUCACGGGACUCAACCGGUCACCAGAAUUUUUAAAAAAACAUAUUUUUAAGAGCAUGGCACCCGCUCCCAUAAUUUAAAAUUAUGAUACUAAAACAUCUAGCUUGGUCUUGUUGGUCUGAUGGCAUUUCAUUUCCUUGUACAGCCCAGAUUUCAUCAAAUCCAUCCUCAGAUUAUCCUUAAUGAUCAGCCUGUCCAUUGCUUAUUGAUAAGUCAGUGAGAGCCACGCUGGAGACAAGCAGGGAGGAUGGAUUGCAGCUGAGAGCUUUCAUAGCAUUUUUAAUGUCUAGCGUGGACAAGAGAAGACAAACGCUGAUAUUCAUUCUAGAUUUAAUUUUGCCUCGUUCUCACAGAGAGUUUGGAUUAAUUGAUGGGUUGCUGAGAGUGAGAGAGGAAAGGAAGAUGUAUGGAGAGAGCACUCUUGUGAGCACUGCAGCAAUUAUUAGAAAUGUAAAAUCAUGUUUUCCACUUCGCAAACACAUAAAAAAAUUUGCAGGUGAGGUACACAUUCUCACCACGAUCAGAGAAACAAAGGCACACGUACUCCAAAAACUAAAAGAGUGGCUUUUAUCAACUUAUUCCUCUGUGUGUUUGUGUAAGUUUGGAUAUGUCUGUGUGUGUGUGUGUGUGUGUGUGCUUGUACAUCUACAACAGCACACAAAUACUGAAAAACUGGUAGAUUCAAAACUGGAACUGGAUUGAAAACUGGACACUCUGUCUGAGAAUGAGUUAAAUAAACACUAUUUAUUUUCUCCUCUAUUCAGAAUCAUCAACAUCUGUUAAAAAGUGUUAUUAAAGUGCCAUGUACAGUUAAUUCAUCAUACAACUGCAAUGGAUCUGUAUGUAAAAUACAUUGCAACACAGAUUGGAAAGAGACACAUAGGGAGAAUGCACCUAUUACUGUAUUAUUAUUAUUAUUAUUAUUAUUAUUAUUAUUAUUAUUAUUAUUAUUAAUAAUAAUAUCAUUAUAUUAUUGCUCUUAUAUCACUCCAAGAGUUCUUAGCUGUUAUAUGUGCCAUGUGCUUUCUAAUAGCUGACUAUUUUGUAUGUCCUAGGAGCACACACUGAAGGAUAACCUCUGUAACAAUGUGUAAUGCAAAGCUUUUAACAUAGACCGUUGUUAUUGGACAGAGCUGCAGUCUUAGACAAGAUUUUCUGUUUCCCUCUCAGUGCUUUUGAUGUCCUGUAACGCUCUUUUUUUCAUCCAGGCAAUGUAGACAAUAACCCGUGCAUGCAAGUGACGCUUUGAUAGUUUAGCUUAACCGCCCGCCAUGUCCGUAUGGCAAAACUCUACUGUAGACUUGUGAUUUUUUGUGUUACUAUUUACUGUAAACAUUGAACAGAAUGUGUAAUAAUGAUGAACGACGAUAUCCUCGUGAUUUACAGGAAGGACUCUUAAUUAAAAAGCCAUUCAAUCGAUAUCUGCGCUGGUUCAAACUGAAGGUAUAUCACAAGGAGUAUUAUAUGAAUUUCAAACUGUAUUGUUUCCUUUUUACUGGUCUUUUUAUUUUCAAUGAAAUGAUACUUACAACAUGAAGAAAUAAAGUGUUUUCAUUGUAAAUAAA